AUGCGAGGCAAGCCGGCAGGAAGGCGGCCGGCGAAGAGCAAGCCCGCAACGGUGAGGGGCCCAUCCGCCUCGGCGAAGAAGAAUGGCGGCGGUGCGCCUGGUAAGAGUAAGGCCGGUUCAUCGAAGGCGCCUGCUUCGGUGAAGAUAAACCGGGGGGGGGCGCCUGUUAAGCGGAAGGCCGCAGCUGGUUCGACUUCGGCUGCGAAAGGCAAGGGCAAAAAGGGCAAGCCAGUUCCUCGUGCGAAGGAAACAGAGGCUGAGAAGGAUGCCAGGGAGAAGGCCAUGGAGGUUCUGUUGGCCGAGAAAGACAAGAAGUGGGACGCACUCUACAAUAGUCGUACGAAGAAGCAGAGCAGGCAAGGCGAGCGUGCGGACGUGAGGAAGGCAAACGACGACGCAUUGCAGGCCGAACUAGCGAAGCACCUUCCCUCUAAGACGCCCAAUACCGGAGGGCCGAGUACUGCUGUGCCGGGUGACGGCACGAAAAUGCGGCCCGCGCACGGGUUAGACCAGCAUGAAGGGGGCGUCAACAGCCAAUCGGCCACACUCGGGCCUAACGGCGCCACGGAGACUCCCCCUCUCUCUCCAGGGCGGCAGGGACGUUCGUCUACCUACAGGGAGAGGUCGGACAGUCGCUCCGGAAGGCGGGGAGGCACGAGCACAUACCGGUCGCGGUCACCCGACGGCGACCGUGGACGCCACCGUAGCGGGAGCAACGGGAGGGGCCGUUACCGUAGCCCAGGCUCGAGCAGGGGCCGUCACGGCAGUCGCCCGAGGGACGGCGGCGGCAGGAGAAAGGGGGUUUCCAGGCGCUACUCGCGGUCGCGUUCUCGAUCGAACCGUAGGCACUACGCCGGUCGCUACGAAGACGACGAAAGGCGCUAUCAGGGAAGGUACGAAUAUUCCCGGUACUCCCGUUCGCGCUCAGGAUCCAGGCACUCACGGAUCAACGGAAGCAGGAGGGACAGUCGUCAUCGGCCGCACCACCGCCAACGCUCUUACAGUCGCCCGCGCUCCUACCGCCAUCCGUCCUCCUACGGUCACAACGAGUGGUACAGUAGGGAGCGCUCGCCAAGCCGACAGCGCCGCAGCCUGAAGGACACUCCAAGAGACACCCGCGGACGUCACAGGAGUAGCGAUCGCGACGGCGGCGGUGGCGCGGGUGGGUAUCCUGCCCGGUCGCCCUCGGGAGAUAGCCGUCAGCACAGCCCACGACAGGGACGAUCCCGGUCGGAAUCCCGCCUGAAGGACAUGGGCAGCUCAACGGGCAGUGGGGCUAGGCAGCAAUCCACGGACGCUGCGACGGACCCCAAGGGCGAUGUCUUCGAGGGUGACGAGCCCUUGGCAAAGCUUCGGGCGGCGAAGCUUGAGUUCGAGAUGAGCCGGACUGUGGGAGGACUGCGCCGGGUUGUCAGGGCGUACCGCGAAUGCAGCAGAACCCGCACCGGCAAGAAGCUGCAUGACCGGCUCAAGUAUCUCAAUGCUGCAGGCAUUGCGUACACGACGAUGACAAGGUGGUUGAAAGAGUUCGCCGCGUUCGAGGGAUACGACAACGACCAUCCCAUCAAAGCCGCUAGGAAGGGUUAGCCACACAUUUAGUAGAGCGAAUGCACAAGGGCUACGACACCCUUGCCGUGGAAGUGCUGGGACGGUCAACGUGUUCUCCGUGCCUCUGGCAGACUCUCGUCUCCUUGUGGCAUUUCUAGUGUGGCCGUAUUUAUCUCUUGGGAGUUAUUCGCUACGCAAAUGUGGUUUGGAUGCUACCCAGGUUUGUUUGUGGCUCGUAAUAGCCGUGGACGGACGUCAAUAAGAGGCGCAUCCGACACGUCAUUGUUGGGAACGGCCUGGCGCGCAGGAAGUGUUGAGUUUGCUGAGUAUCCUCGGCGUUGGGCAAUGGGGCGUUCGAAGCGCUUGAGUUUACAGCUUAUUGGUCUCACCGUGAAGUAUGGGAUAAUCAAAGUCGCCUCGUCGUGCGCUAGUUUGGAUUGCGGUAAAUCAGUGAGUUCGUACGUACGUCUUCUCUAUGUUAUGUGAACUUUUUCUUUUUCCGUACGCUCUCGUCGGGUUGAUUCCCCACAUUAGAUUGGCUAGUGGCUGUCGCGUUUGUCGAUGUUCCUUUGUGGUGGUUGCACGGGAUAAUGAACGACAUUCGGUUGACCUGUGCGUUUGGUAUAAUCUCCAGCCUGCGGGUUUUGGUGGGGAGGGGUUUAGCAUAAUCGCAUAUAUUGUUCCUAGGGUUCUGCCCCCAUCUGGAAGCAGGUGUUGGUCGUUGUUCUCGUUUUUUUGUUUAUUUUG